CAAAACCCACCGCGGCACGGCCCCAUUCCGCGUCCGCGCUCUCUAUAUAAAGUAUCCCCUCGCUCCCCUCAAAGCCCUAGCCGCGCCCCUGCUCUUCGCCCCGCCGCCGCCCCGCCGCCGUCGCCUGCCUCCCUCAGCCGCCGUCGCCAUGGGCAGAAGGCCUGCGAGAUGCUAUCGCCAGAUUAAGAACAAGCCAUACCCCAAGUCCAGGUACUGCCGUGGUGUCCCUGACCCCAAGAUCAGGAUCUACGAUGUUGGGAUGAAGAAGAAGGGUGUUGAUGAGUUCCCCUACUGUGUGCACCUUGUCUCUUGGGAGAAGGAGAAUGUCUCCAGUGAGGCUCUUGAGGCUGCCCGUAUUGCCUGCAACAAGUACAUGACCAAGUCUGCAGGAAAGGAUGCCUUCCACCUUAGGGUCCGGGUUCACCCGUUCCAUGUCCUCCGUAUCAACAAGAUGCUUUCGUGUGCCGGGGCUGAUAGGCUCCAGACUGGAAUGAGGGGUGCCUUUGGCAAGCCUCAGGGUACCUGUGCUAGGGUGGACAUUGGUCAGGUCCUCCUUUCUGUGCGCUGCAAGGACAACAAUGCUGCCCAUGCUAGCGAAGCUCUGCGUCGUGCCAAGUUCAAGUUCCCUGGCCGCCAAAAGAUCAUUGAGAGCAGGAAGUGGGGCUUCACCAAGUUCAGCCGUGCUGACUACCUGAAGUACAAGAGUGAGGGUAGAAUUGUUCCUGAUGGUGUCAAUGCAAAGCUGCUCGGUAACCACGGCAGACUUGAGAAGCGUGCUCCUGGGCAGGCUUUCCUCGAGGCCGUUGCUUAAGUGGAAUCCACAGUGGGACUGCGGAUCCAGACGUUUUGCUUUAGCCUAUCUUACUAUUUUGCUUUGUGGAACAUGAAUUUCAAGUGUCUCGGUUAUUACAGUGCCUUAUGUGAACCAACCUAUCUUGUGCUGAACAUCGCUAUGCAUGGAAGUAGUUCUCUUUUGUGUCUGAAUGCUGAGAAUUAAAUGUUUUGCAUCUGAGUAUAUCUUCUCAA